UUUACUUUUCAGUAAAUUUAAUUAUUCUUUAUUGUAUUUAAUUAUAAUAUAUGUUGUGAUGGAAUACGAGGCGUGGACACGCUUAAAGAGACUGAUUAAGCCAGAAUCUGUUAAAUGAAGUUUGUUUUGGUCAUAGCGAAAAGUGAAACCUAACCGGUGUCUGAUACUUAUCUCUCAUAUCUGACACAAGUGUAUGGGCCAAGCAGCUGCUGUGAAGACAUGCCUGCAAAAAAGAAAAAUGCCGUUCCUGACAGAUGGACAGACUAUACAGCAGUGGGUAAACGGAUCCCUGGAACCCGCUUCAUCGCCUUUAAAGUCCCCUUAAAACAGUCUUUCAGAUAUCAUUUAAAGCAGUCAGAAGUCUUUGGACCGUUUGAUCUUGUGCAUAUGUUGGAGAAGGAAGGACAAGAACUGGGUCUCAUCAUCGAUCUGACCUUCACAACUCGCUAUUACAGAGUAGAGGAUUUGCCAAACACAUUGUACCACCUGAAGAUCUUCACAGCAGGGCAUGAAGUGCCAAACGAUGCCACGAUUCUCAGCUUCAAGAAGGCCGUCAGGCAUUUUCUGCGUGAUAAUGAAAACAAUGAUAAGCUGAUUGGUGUUCAUUGCACGCAUGGUUUGAACCGCACCGGCUAUUUAAUAUGUCGAUACCUAAUCGAUGUUGAUGGGAUGAACCCCCAAAAAGCGAUUGAUUUAUUCAAUGAAUCAAGGGGACACUCAAUUGAGAGGCAGAAUUAUCUCGAAGACCUGAGGAUGGGGCACAAGAGAAGCAAUGAGGGAAUGGAGGAACCAGUCCAAGAACCCGCCCAGGGACUUGCAACGGAGCCACAAGAUGCUCCUCCUCAUCAUCAUCAUCGAAGGGAACAGCAUAACCAUGAUCCUUCUUUUAAUGGACAAGGGCAUCAUCCAUGGCACGGGGAACCCAAUAAUCCGUUUUUACCGUUUCACCAGAAGAACAACAUGACUUGGUUCAGACCACCUGAGCAGCAGUUCUUCCGUCCGCCCUUGAUUCCUCAUCCACCGCAGGGCGUGAGACCCUGUUUUCCCAACCAGAGCGUCAGAGGAUUCCACUUGGGACAUUAUCCACCUCCGCUUCCCUUCGACAGGUUUGACCAACCAUUCCAGAAUCCAGGCGCGCCUCCAGGGGGAUCCACGAGACCUCCAGGGCAUCACCGAAAACCUCGAUAUAGACACAGGAAAGGUCCGAAAGAUAGGACUCCUCAGUGAAACAAAGAGACUUCACAUUUUCAACCUGAACUGCUGGACUGCUUUUUCUGAACACAAACCGCCAGUCCGAUGGUUAAAUGUUUCUCUCUGUGGAGGAACCAUACUUUUUCUUCGAUGAAUUUGGUCUCCUAAAGAGGUCGACUAUUUUAUUAGACUCUAAUUAUUUUACUACUAAGUUUUGUCAUGGUUAUCUGUUAGAAGGUCAUUUUAUCCAGCAAAUAUAAUACACACACAUAAUCUAUAACUGCUGCUGAUCUAUCUUUCCUUUUGUUUUAAAUGAAGUGAAAUAUUAAACAGCAUUGCAAGUGCAA